AUGGCAGUUAGGGGAUUUCUUCUCGUCUGCAUUGCGCUCCUCCUUGCGACUUCUGCGCUGGCGCAGCGUGGUCCACCUGGCAGAGGCCCUCCGGGAGGCCAGCAGCACGGGGCGGCGCGCGGAGGACCUGGCGGAUCCAGCCCAGGCGGGACUGGCGGGCCGGGCGGUCCUGGCGGGCCUGCUGGUCCGUGCGGUCCUCCGCUCAACUUGACGGUCGUCGGCAAUCUGACGGCGGAUGUUGGCGCGCGUUUGGCUAACUGUUCCGCGGACCCAACGUUUCUCGACGGCCACUUUCACCUCGCCAUCUUCAACCAGGGACGCGUUACCAUCUUUCCUCCAUUCACUCACCCCCCUGCUCCCCCCUUUCACCCUUCCGCCACGCUUCCCCACUUCCCCUCCGCCAGGAACGCGAGCGGCAAUUACAACCUGGCGGUCGAAGCGCUCCUCGUGGGCGCAACGGGCGGGCCGCCCGACUCCCUCGCGAUCGUGAAGGGCGCCGUCUGCGACUCUUCCGCAUCCGCCGCUGCGAUUCUCGCGCUUCCGCUGGCGGCGUCCGACUGGCAGCAGCGCGACGGCUGGUGGCUGCUGCACGCGGAGGCGCGGCUCGACGCGUUCCUCGAGAACGCGGACGCCGCCACCGUCGACGCGCUCCUCGCGCUCCUCCCCAACGCGACGCUCCCUUCGGCGCGCGGCAGUGGCGGGCGCGGCAGCGGCAGCGGAGGCGGGAGCGGCGCGGGGGGCGCGCGCAGCGGGAAGGGCAGCAGGCGCAUGGGGAGGGAGCUGCUGAUGCGCGCAGCGGGGCGUGUCACUGGCGCGAAGCAGGGGGGGCAGCAGCAGGGGGCGCCGCAGCCGCCUGCAGGUGGUUUCUCAGGUGGUUACCCAGGCGCUGGGGGUGCGGGGGGGAUGAUGGGGGGGGGCGGGGUGAACGCGACUGUGAGUGGAUAUGCCGUGUUGGCCACUACCACUGCGGGGGGUGUGGCGUGGGGCGGGCAGCUCAUGGGCGUCAAAUUGCCCUCCACCGCUGCCUGA